AUGAGCUCUUGUGUUCACGAACAUGCAUCUUCAGGAAUCGUCACCGUAAUCGUAAGUCCAGAGGGCCGACCAUUCUUCUUCCACGAAACUCUUCUCUGCCAAAAAUCUCCCUGGUUCCGAUCCCACCUCGAGAGCCAAGUGACCGAAGAUCAUGACUAUGACUCCGCUGUUGAACUCUCACCCAUCGAAUCAUCAUUCCAAGACUUUCAACAAACCCAACGAAAGGUAAUCUACCGCUAUGAAGAUGACAUCCAUACCUUCAACCAAUUCUUCAGUUGGGUCUACGGAUCCACAUACCCGCUACCUCGACGUGAUCCAGAAAACUACUCUAGCUCGACACAUAUCUCAGAAUGGGUUAUCCUCCACCAACUAGCAAUUGAGAUGGGAGUUAUGGACUUGGCGCACAAAGCUUUAUCCGAGUAUGUUCUUUGUAGAGAUACCUCACGAACAGGAUAUUGGAUGCCCCUUCCGGCGGAAAUCCAAUUUAUAUAUCAAAAUCAAGCAACGACAUACGAUCUACGCAGUCUUACCGUGUUAAAAAUGCGGUGUCUUUAUUUUUCAACCGGGUUCGAAGGAUUACAAAGAGAACUAUCUGAUAUUUGCGGUUGUCAUCCUGGUUUUCACACCGAUGUUUUUGCAGAGCUACAGAGACAUUCGGAACAAGUGACGCGGUGCAACUAUGAGGACUGCUCUAUUCACAAUCCACACAAUACGACUUCUGGUAGCCUGUACAUCCCAACCAGCAACCAAAUCCAAAACUCAAAUUCUCCCUUGGAAGUCGAGUCACCUCCUCUCCCUUCUUCCGAAUACUUAGACGAUAUCUCCACUCUUGAUCUAGAUAGCUCACCACCUAACCUAUCCGAUUGCGGUACGAUAUCCACAGAACAAGAGGACGCGAACUCCGAGCAAGCGCGAAUCGAAGCAAUGGUUGAAUAUCAUGAGAGUAGGGAUAAGAUGAUGACUUUCGAUGGGGGGGAAGAAGGUCGAUUUUGA